CCAGGUUCAACACAGAAUGCUACAGGCUUGUGAACAGAAAUCCCAUGUCAAACUUCCAAGAUAAGCUCUGGGCAUCGGCUGGAGCCAGAAGUUCCGUGUUAUAACUGAAUGCCUUGAAGUUAGACUUUAAUGCCUGUUUACAAGCAUCUGCCUCUGAGGGAGCUCAUGUGUUCAGACAACCCUAGUCUUGGGACAAAUGAUCCAUCUUACUACUUCUGUGAGGAAAAAGAAUAAAAAGCCAACUCUGGGGCAGGUGACCUCCUCCUAGUCCAGGAACACUUCCCCGUCAAGAGCUCAGUUCAGUUCCACAGCCGUCUGCUGGAGAGAUUGACUGCAUUUCUCUUAUGCCGUCAGGGUGGACACUGAAGGGAAUCAGGAGUGUCCAAGGCUGCGGGCGCUCAGGCAGAGGAGGGGCAGCGCCCUGAGGAGAUUCCAGCCGACAGCGGUUUCCCCACAGCGAGCAGACGUUUGCCCUGAGGCUGAGUGCUCCCAGCAGAUCCUUAGGAGACGAUGAAUUUUCAAAGAAAAAAAAUGCUGCUAAUGAUUUCGUGUGUUUUAUCACUCAUGGUGGUUGAGCGUUAUUCCAGGAACCAAGGGGAAGAACUUCAGCUCUCAGACUGGUUUCGUCCCAGAUCUUUCAGGGAAAGGAGAAGCAGAGGGAGAAGGAGGCAGGCGAGCCCGGGCGUGAGGGAGCAGCGGUGCUGUCCACAGCAUUGGCUUCAGACGGCAGUCAGAGGAUGUUCUGACUCUGGGCGCUCACGUCUAAGCUGCAGUCAGACGUCAGAGCAGGAACCUCCUGGGCUCAAAAGAAGACGCCCUGAUGUCAUAACGACCACGGACUGGCUGGCUCCAGUCAUAUGGGAAGGCACCUUCAAUAGACGGGUCCUAGGAAAGCACUACAGAAAUCGGAACCUCACAAUGGGCUUGGCUGUCUUUGCCAUCGGCAGGAUUGCAGAUCAGUACCUGGAGCGGUUCUUAGAGUCAGCGAAGAAGCACUUCAUGACUGGCUAUCGGGUUGUCUUCUAUAUCACCGUGGAUGACUUAGACAAGAUGCCCGACGUGGACCCGGGGCCUCUUCAGACGUUCCAAGUGUUCACUUUGCGAGAAGAGAUCUGGUGGCAGGACUUCAACCUUCUGCGCAUGAGGAACCUGGGCGAGCACAUCGUCCAGCACAUCCAGGGCGAGGUCGACUUCCUCUUCAGUAUGGCCACCAACCAGAUCUUCCAGAGUGACGUCGGCGUGGAGACCCUGGGCGCGUCCGUCGCUCAGCUCCACGCCUGGUGGUACUUUAAAAGCACCAAGGAUUUCCCUUACGAGAGGAGGCGCAGGUCAGCGGCUUACAUCCCGUAUGGGAAGGGGGAUUUCUAUUACGAUAGCGCCUUCGUUGGGGGCACACCCCAGCAGGUUUUAAACCUCAUCGAAGAAUAUCUGAAAGGGGUGCUUCAGGACAAGCAAAAUGGGCUGAACAGCAGCUACGAAAACCAUCUGAACAAAUAUUUCUUCCUGAAUAAGCCCACCAAGCUGUUGUCGCCGGAAUACAACUGGGAUGUGACGUUCUACCCGCCCCCGCAGGUUCAGUUCAUCAAGGUGGCCCAGCACCCCAAGAGGAGACCGUGGCCCUAACGCGCCCGACGCGCCCACAGGCCGGCCGCAGCAAUUCCCUCGGACACAGGGCGUCUGAACCCUUUCCGGUUUCUACAGAGACAUAAAAAUUCACACUCGUCCAAAAGAAUUUUUUCUCUGUGCCGUUUUGAACCCUCCAAUUUGGCCAAUGCCAGAUAAAGAGUAGAAGGAUGGUUAUUAAUGUUUAAUACACAGUGGUGUUAAUAUCUGUAUAUUGUAGAUGACUCGGAGAUAAUUUUGGAGGCAAGAAUUAGAACUUUUUUAAAUGGAGAAAGACUCUAGUUCAGAAAAAAACAAAAUAUAUAUCUAUAUACACCAGAGGGCCAAGGAUUAAAUGGACAGGAAAAUCGAAACAUUCCUCAGCCCACUCCUGAAGGGUGGAGGGUGGUCCUCGGCGUAUGUGCCUGCACCUGACCUCUGGGGCAGCCUCAGUCUGUCCCGUACGUGGUCGGAUGUGGGUGAACUAGAGGCGUUCUGCCAAAUGCUUAUCUUUCCUCUAUUGUUACAAAGAGGGAUGUCAAGUUCAUUUUUUUAAAGCUAUGGGCAUUUGAUUUAUUUGUUUUAAAAAGAUAUGUCCUGAGCUCUGCAGUGGAGGCAGUCCGCAGAUGCAGUGAGGGGAGAAAAUAGUGAAAAUCAGAAUCACGUCCUCAAGAAGCCUGAGGUGUAGCAGGGAGAUGAGGCCGCUCACGGCCUUUCUUUUGCAAGUUCCAAAGUGCUCAGAGCACAAGGAAGACAUGGGCAGCCGGGAGCGCCCUCCGCUGAGGUUCAGGAGAGGGGCCAUCCCCUGCAGGAGGCUUUCUGUAGCUGUUGAGCCAGAGCUCAGGACCAUUGGUUCAUGACAGUGAAGGGACCCAGAGUCCGUAUUGGGUGGAGGGUCUGAAGCCACAAUAAGACUCUCUUCUUUUUUUUUCAUGAGGAAGAUUGGCCCUGAGCUACCAUCUGUUGCCAAUCUUUCUCUUUUAGCUUGAGGAAGAUUGGCCCU